CGUUGCUGUGGACAUUAUUCUCCCCUUGUUGUUGUUGGUUCUUCUUGUGUUUAAAAGCUGGAUUUUAUGACAGAAAUGAUCUAAAAUCUCUCCCGUUAAAGCAACAUCAUGAAGUUGCGUGUUCGGGUCAACAAGCAGACGAGCCGGGUGGAGUUAGCGGGAGAAGAACCGACUCUGAAAGAUCUCAUAGAUCACAUCAAAGACACAGUUCUGUCCUCUCUGGGACUCAGUGCAGACACAGACUUCAGUUUGUCUCUGAACGGCUCGGAGCGUCUGUCAGACACGGGACAGACUCUGUCGUCCUGCGACAUCGUCUCUGGAGAUCUGGUCUGUGUGAUCCUGCCCGAGUCUGCAGCCGUCGCCGCCGCCUCCACCUCCUCAGCCUCCUCAUCCAGCAGCACGGAGAAUCGGAGCCGACAGACAGCUGCCAUGUCCUCAGACCAGCAGCGCAGCAGCAUCAGAAGCAGCAGCCGUGCAGCUCAGCCGGAGUCUGAGGAGGACAGUGAAGUGUUGGACGCUGAGCCUUCGGUCCCCAGCUGGGAGCCGAUGCUGUGCAGUGAGGCGGAGGACGGUGAGGCCCCCCUCUCUCUGGAGCUGCUCUACCACAACGCACAGACCAGCAGUCCCAGUGACGCCAUCAUGGUGGCCGGAAACCUCCUGAUGCUCGAAACUGGCUUCACUCCUCAGGGAGGUGAGCUGAGGUCUGGUGGGAUGCCCGUCGGCUGGAGAUCAGCAGGUGGAGUCUACAGACUGCAGUACUCUCAUCCUCUGUGUGAGAACAGCUUGGCCAUGGUGGUGGCUGUGUGCAUGGGCCCCGUGCUCGUCAUUAACGCUACUCUGAAGGUGAACGAAACCGUCGACACUGUCCGAAAACUGUGUCUGAAUCCAUGCAGCUACGUGACGGACGACUGGCCAGGAGAAAGUGCUGCUGCAGCUUUCAGAGAUUUGGGCAAACUGUCUCGGAUCUUCAAAGACCAGCUGGCGUACCCGCUGAUCGCUGCAGCCAGAGAAGCCAUGGCUCUGCCGGUGGCCUUCGGUCUGGCCGCUCUUCCUCCUGAGCUCCUCCUCAGAGUGCUGCGACUGCUGGACGUCCGCUCUGUGGUCAGACUGUCAACAGUCUGCAGACACUUCCACGCCUCCACGGUAGACUCCUCGCUGUGGAGACACCUGUGCCGCCGAGACUUCAGCAGUCAGACCAGUUCAGAUUCCAGCAGAUCAAGAGACACGGACUGGAAAGAGCUUUACAAAAGGUUUUAUAAGACCCGCUGUGAUAUCCGACACGUGGCUCGUCACCGCUCGCUGCCUCCCUUCCUCCGAAACCCUCGCGACAUCUUCGGCCCGGUUCCCGUCCCCCUCCACCCGCCGCUGCCCGGCAUCAUCGGCGGGGAGUAUGACCAGAGACCAAACCUCCCCCGCGGCCUGCUGCCUCGCCCUCGCUACGACCCCAUCGGCCCACUUCGAGACCAGGUUGGACGACCACUGAGCGACUUCCGCCGACCGAUGGGGAGUCGACCUACAGACGCACGACGAGGAUUCAUCUGAUUCUCACCUGUGAAGAUCAGUUUUAAGGACUGAUUAGAUCUUCUCCUGCAAUAAAAACAAAGAUUUGAA